UGUAUACUUAAUUUUCCAACGAUUGAUUUUUGAAAUGCCGCGAAUAAUGUCCAUAUUUUUUAUUGUUUGCUUGGUCGAACUUCAAAUAGAAUUACAACAACAAUGUUGGUGCGGUGAAUAUUAAAGGAUAAAAUAUGUAAUUUCGUGGUGGCAUAGGUUUGCCACAAUACAUUAUACGAGUGUUAUCGCGGCCGGUUUUGACAUAUUGUUAUAAUUCAUACAUUACAAACGCUGUCUCGCACGCGGUUAUAGGUACAAAAAAGGGGGACUCGAGGGGAAGUAAAACGACUCAGUUGGGAUUAAUUAAUAAGGACACAACGCGGCAAGGCGAUUAUCAGGUCCCCUCGAGUUUUUUCUAGAAAUGAUUAACGGCGCUAUCGAUUCGUUCGGUUCGGCUGUGUUGUACUGUUACCUAUUAUUUUCUUAUGCAAACGAAUUAACGACGGCCAAGUCGGAACACACUCUCAAAGACCAGCUCGCAAUGUCAACAUACCGCUGUGCCCUGCUCGUGGUGGUCGGUCUGUCCGCGGCCGAACUCACGGACUCGAGUCCGGACGAAGACGCCGACGGGUAUCGUUUCAACGGAUGCGAGUUUUUCCAAAUAGUCGAGCCCGGCAACAGGUCGUAUUCGCUGUACUCGCCCGGAUAUCCGGAUCACUAUUCGCUCGGCCAAGAGUGCCGGUGGCACGCCAAAACCACUUCCGCGUCCGGCCGUUUGGUGUUAAACUGCGAGGAGUUCUAUCUGCCCGAAAGUCCUCUAUGCGAAACGGACGCGUUGGUCGUGUCCAGGACGGGAGACGCUAAUUUCAUGGACGGAGUCCGACGAUGUGGACCUAGGUCGUUCACCAUUAGCAGUCGGACCAACAAGAUGAGCAUAAUGUUCAAGGCGAGGAUUCACAGCAAGGGCGGCAAGUUCAUGUGCUCGUUGGGCGCCAAGUACGCCAAACAUGUUAAACGAGAACCCGAAAAAUAUUCGCGCACUUGCGAUUGCGGUAACAGGAAUAAGGUCACUACUCAGGGCAGGUCUGGCAACGGGAAAACGGCUGGAGUCAACGAGUUCCCAUUGAUGGCUUCGUUGAUAGACGGACGGACGGCAAACUUGUUCUGCGGCGCGACAAUCAUCGGCAAGCACCACGCUUUGACCGCCGCUCAUUGUUUAACCCGGGUCAGUCCGUAUCAAAUUGGUUUGUUAGUCGGCGAUCACGACGUGUCCAAAGGUAACGACACGGAUUCGGCCAAACUUAUAGUGGUGACCGACGUGUACGUACACCCGAAUUUCAACACUUCAUCCAUGGCACAUGAUUUGGCCAUCGUGGAGACCCACCAAGAAAUUGUUUUUUCGUCGAAAGUGGGACCGGCUUGCUUGCCGUUCAAGUACUCCGACAAGGACUUCGUGGGCGAGACGGUCGAAGCGCUGGGUUACGGCACGGCUAACUUUGGCGGUCCCGCGUCCGACGCUCUGCAAAAGAACAACCUCAAAGUGGUGUCCAUAUCGAAAUGCACUACACACUACAAAACCGUCAAAGAACGCGAUCACAUUUGCACCGUUUUUCAAAAGUCGGACACGUGUCAGGUGGAUUCGGGCGGACCGCUCGUGUGGACUGACCCGAGCACGGGCAAACUGGCCGUAAUAGGAGUGGUCAGCUACGGCAGUGCUUGCACCGAAUCGUCGCCUUUCGUCAACGCCAAGGUGCCGGUGCCGAUGCAUCUGAGUUGGAUUAAAACCGUACUAACAGGUGAGAAGUAUUGUGGUUGAUUAGAAUUUCAACUCCGGCGAAAUACCUAUUUUAUGUAUUAUCAGAUUUUUAGUUGUUGUUUUUUUAAAUGAUUAAAGAAAUGAGUUAUAAGACAA